AUGUUUUCGAUAAAGCAUCCCACUAGUUCAACAGACAACAGAACAAUUUACACAUACAACUCCAAAGCCAUUCAAAGUUACUCGUACGCAUACGCAACACAAUCAAUUGCAACCGGUUUCAUUGAGAAUGACCCCAGUGGCACCCAGUUCGCCGCUACGUUUACCAUCAAUGAUAUUGAGUAUCAUUUCAGCGGCACCUUUACCCCCUCUGUACAAGCAUUUGCGUCCAACCAGGCGACCUUGACCUAUGGCAGUGAGGGAGAUUUGACCACUGACAGAGAUUUCAAUGGACUGAUUGGACCGGACGACGUGGCGCUCAUGGUCGCAAAUGGUCCAACAAUCACGGGACCUCUCAAUAUGCCAAUCUGGCCAGGUUCGGACGUAACCGGAACCGGAACCUGGACACAGAACUGA